UCCAAACCUUAUGUUUUUAUAUUUAAGUUGCCACCAACCACAUUAAUCUUAACACCAUCAAAAACCUCCUCCUAAAAACUUUCUUUUGGUGCAACAGCAAAACAAGAAGCUACAACAAUGACAAUGGGGAACACUGAGAUGAUGGAUAGAGAACAACCCCAUGAUUCUCUUCCUAGAGUUGGGGUGAUGACUGAUAUCAUCGCCACAGAUCUUCCAGAAAAUAUUACAAUCAAUGUUAGAUCACUCUUAUGUAUCGUCAAAGAUAUCUUAAAAUACGCAAUUUCACCUAGUGAUCUGGAGGAACAACCAGAAUUUGAUCUUCUUCGGGGCAUGAACAACAAUCCUCGAUUACUCAAAUUAUUGGCACACGAUAUCCUACGAAUCAGAACCGAGAUAUUGUGCUACACUGAGAGCGGAGAUCCAUGGGAAGAACAAGAGGUGGCUAAGAGAAUAUUCAUAACAGUGUCUAGGUAUUCAUGGGAAGUAAAGUUGGUGAUGGUACUAGCAGCAUUCGCCGUGAAUUAUGGUGAUUGUUUGCUCACCUCUCAACUUAAUAUGGUUAACCCCAUGGCUACGUCGAUAUCAGUUCUUAAGCAGCUACCAAUUGGCUUAUCGGUUCUUCAUCAUAAUGAGCAAAACAUUAGUAGUAGUAGUACGAAUACCAAAAAAUCAUCAGAAACAGAGUUGAUAAACGCCAUAAGUAAGCUAAUUCAGUCGAUUCUAAGCAUAACAGAAACAAUAGUGGAGUUUUUCGAGCUACCUGCUGGAUAUAUCACGGAUGAUGACUCUUCAUCCUUGUCGAGGGCCACCUUACUGAUUCAACCUGCUGUUUAUUGGACCAUUCAAUGCAUAAUGGCUUGCAUUUCUCAGUUCAACGGCCUCCUGAUAGUCUCUGACCAAAUGAUGGAGCCCUGGGAAUUUUCAUUACCGUCGUGGGAUCACAAAAUUGACAGAAUACAUGGAAAUCUUAGCCAUGAAAUCAACAGUUGCCGCCAAGAAAUAGAACAUAAAAAACACAAACAAGUGCAUGAAAAUCUCGUCGAACUCUUUCGAACAACCCAAGCUUACAACACGAAGAUUCUCAAGGCAUUACUUUGCACCAAGGAUGCCCUACCUUUGAUUGAUGGAUCCUCCAAGAUAAGGGUAGGAGUUGAAGCACUAAGAAGAAAGACAGUGAUGUUAUUGAUAUCAGACCCGCAGAUAUGUCAUGCAGAGCUCAUAAUUCUCGAACAAAUAUACAAUGAUGUCCAUCUAGGGAAGCCCGAGAGACCUUAUGAAAUGAUCUGGCUCCCGGUCCAUGAUACAACCCAAAGCAUGGGAUGGACUGAUACUAGGCAACACGAGUUCGAUCGGGUUAGGUCUUCAAUGCCCUGGUACUCCUUGUACCACCCUUCAUUUCUUGAUCCGGCAGCAAUCCAGUUCAUUAAGGAGCAGUGGCACUUUGAAAAAAAGAAACCGAUAAUAGUGGUAUUGGAUCAACAAGGGAAAGUUACCUGUCAAAACGCCAUCCACAUGAUGUGGAUUUGGGGAAUCACAGCCUUCCCUUUUACUAACAUCAGAGAAGCGGACUUGUGGGACUCAGAGAAAUGGACAAUCGAGUUCAUUGUGAAUGGGAUUGAUCCUACCGUGCUAGAUUGGAUAAGGGAAGACAAGUUUGUCUGCUUGUAUGGAGGUGAAGAUAUCAACUGGGUCAGAAUAUUCGCUACAACCAUGCAACGCGUAGUGCAGGAAUCCAAAACAAACCUAGAAAUGCUCUAUGUAGGAAAGAGCAACCCGAAGGAACAAGUGAAGAAUAUUAUAGACAUUAUCAUGAAGGAGAGACUAAGUCACUGUUGGCAAGAUCCCAUGUCCAUCAGGUUUUUCUGGGACAGGUUAGAAAGCAUGUGGUAUUCUAAGCUACAACACACUCGUUCCAUUGAUAAUGAUCCUAUGAUGCGCGAAAUUACAACAAUGCUUACAUUCGAUGGAAGUGGUGAUGGAUGGGCCAUUUUAACAAAAGGAUCAGGAGAAAUAGUGAAAGCUCAUGGAAGUAAAAUGCUAGAAGUACUAGCGAAAUUUAAUGAAUGGAAGACAAAUAUUGAACAACAUGGGUUCGCUCAAGCAAUAGCUAGAGCUUUAGACACGUACCCUAGUCAUGAGCAUUGCUCAUGCUUAGUACUUCCAGGAAUGACACCUGGGAAAACACAUGAACUUUCCUGUACAGAAUGUGGUCGUCCUAUGGAGUUGUACACUUUAUAUCAAUGUUGUGACAACUAAAAUAAUUAAACCCAACAAAUAGAUGCAAUAAUAAGAAAAACAGGCUAAACAGCAAGGAGACAUUGUACUAAUAAUUUUGUACCCCAUAUAUAAAAGCUCAAUAAUAUUCCCAAGUUAUGUCCAA